AUGUCCCUUAUGUCAGAGACCAUAUAUCUUGCUGCAGUCGCAACAAUGGCCAGCAGAGCAGCAUCUGUACCUGUAACUAAUGGACAAGAUGAGACAGUUUUGACAAAGGCUAUCCCUCCAGGUCAAGCAGUCGCACUGUGGGCCUUAUCUGUGCCUUUGACCCUGUCUGACAAUGAACGGAGAAAUCAUUCGCAGCUGGCGAAUUUUCAACAUUUCAUGUCAGUGCACUGGAGCAUCCCAAGGCAAACCCCACAGGGGUACACGCUCCAUCUAACGUUGUUAGGACAGUCUAUCAUUGAUAUCACUGAACCGAAUCCAUCGCAAUCCUACCCAAGGCGCACCUCGCUUAGUCCAUAUCUUGCAGAUGAAAGUAGUAUUCCACUUAUUUCUGGUGAUAGUCAGCAGCCAUCAUUCCAUGAACGACCCUUUCCUAAGGGUACUGGUACGGGAAGAACCAGAUGGUUCUGCUCAUCCAGUGCGCAACAGCUUCUCUGUCCGAAUGAGGACAUUGUUGGUGUGGUUGGGGACCUCUACGUCCACACAAACACUCGUUCUAGAAUAACAUACAUAUGGGUCCUGCAUCCUGAUGAAGGUUGGGCCCCCAUUGAACCAGGGGAUGACCACCCUACUGUGCCUAAGAGGCGCUUACGAAUUCACAAAUGGUAA